UUAUCGAAGUGGGGUAAGAAAGAAAGAAAAAAGAGAGUAAGAUAUGGAAUUGCCGGAAGACUGCAUCACUGACAUACUGUGUCGCACGACUCCAUUGGAUGUCGCCAGGAUCUCUGUCGUUUCUAAGAUCUUAUGCUCUAUCACUAAUUCUGACACUAUUUGGAAUCAUUUUCUCCCUUCUGAUUAUCAUUCCAUCAUUCCCCAGUCUCUUUCCUUGGGCAACGCUCCUUCAAAGAAAUCCAUUUAUCUCGCUCUCUCAGAUCACCCUAUCAUCAUCGACCAAGGGAAAAAGAGCUUUCAAUUGGACAGAAAGAGUGGAAAGAAAUGUUACAUGCUUUCUGCCAGAGCUCUCUACAUUUCUAUCGGUGACGAUGAACGAUACUGCCGCUGGGUUACCAUUCCAGAGUCUAGGUUCGAAGAAGUUGCCAUGAUUAAAGAUGCAUUAUGGUUUUUUAUAUCUAGGAAGAUAAAUACUGUUGAUUUGUCCUCAAACACUCAAUAUGCAGCUUUUCUUGUUUUCAAGUUGAUCACCACUCAGUGCUCUUACUACGACCAAGGGUUGUUAUCGACACGCAUUUUUGGAGGCCCUUUCUGUACUAAGGAUGCUUGUUUGGAAAUGAGGUUAAACGCGAUGUCUAUUGACAAUAUACUAGAAUGUCCAAAUGUGAGAAGGGAUGGUUUGUUGGAGAUUGAGAUGGGGGAGUUCUUCAAUUCAAGCCUAGAAGAUGGUGAAGUGGAGAUGUGGGCUAUGAUUCGAAAGUGUUUUCCAUUGAGGGGCAAUUACUAUCUUGAAGGAAUAGAAGUUAGGCCUAAGAUAUCUUGUCCCAUAAGAAAUAUUAGAUAG